GUAAAAAUACAGACAAGCUCUUUCUGCAAAGAAGAAUGAAUUUCAGGAUUUCUCACUAAAGCAGACAAAAAUAUUUAGUCACUCUGACAGAGUGGGCAAACGAAGUUGGCAUACAAGUUACCUGGAAAAAGAGAAAGAUGGAUGCAGAGGCUGAAGAUAAAACACUGCGCACUCGCACCAAAGGAACUGAGGCAGUGCCAAUGGAUUCUUUAAUCCAGGAGCUCAGUGCUGCAUAUGAUUGCUCCAUGGUGAAGAAGAGGAGAGCAGAGGAGCAGGCUUUGGGUGUCCCAGUCAACAAAAGGAAAUCCCUGCUCAUGAAGCCCCAGCACUACAGCCCACAUAUGGACUGCAAAGAAGAAAAGGAUGACAGGGCCGAGACAGAGGAAGACACCAGCCUCUUGGAAACAAAUGAGCUCUCCAUUGCAGAAGAAAUCAUGAUAAAACCUAUGGAUGAGACCCUGUGUUCAGCUGCACAAGAAAUCUCCAACAGAAAAGAAGACAGAUACGCUAGUUACCAAGAGCUUGUGGUCAAAUCUUUAAUGCACUUGGGGAAAUUUGAAAAAGAUGUGUCCAUUCAGACCCUCAGUGACAACUUAAACGACAGCGGCAUCCAGUCUUUGAAAGCAGAGAGUGACGAGGCAGACGAAUGCUUUAUGAUUCAUUCUGACGACGGCAAAGACAAAGUCCGCGACGGCGGGCUGCAGUACUGCUCCUCAGAUGACAGUGACAGCAGCUCUGGAAGUGCAGAGAACAGCUGGGACAGUGGCUCCAACUUCUCAGAAGAAACCAAACCGCAUCGAGUCCCAAAGUAUAUUUUAGUGGAUAAUAAAAAAGACUUGUUGGAAGUUCCAGAAAUAAAAACUGAAGGUGAAAAAUGUAUCUCUUGCGAGAACAAGUGUGACUCUCGGACAGACAGGAGAGACUCACGGAGUGUCCCCAUGGAAACCCUGGGGGGCCGAGGCCAGCCUUCGUUCCCCGAGAACGAGGACAAGGACAACGAGGGCCUGUCAGCCAUGACCGAGGAGGAGGCCGUUGACCUGGAGAAAGCGAAAGGGAACUUGAAUUUGCUGGAACAGGCGAUCGCUCUGCAGGCUGAGCGAGGCCGCGCUUUCCAUAACACCUACAAAGAACUGGACAGGUUUCUGCUGGAGCACCUGGCAGGAGAGAGGAGGCAAGCCAAAAUGACUGACAUGGGUGGAAGACAAAUCUUUAACAGCAAACAUUCGCCGCGACCCGAGAAGAGGGAGACCAAGUGCCCCAUCCCGGGCUGCGACGGCACGGGGCACGUGACGGGGCUGUAUCCCCACCACCGCAGCCUGUCGGGGUGCCCCCACAAAGUGCGCAUCCCGCUGGAGAUUCUUGCCAUGCAUGAAAAUGUGCUGAAAUGCCCCACGCCGGGCUGUACAGGCAGAGGGCACGUCAACAGCAACCGCAACACGCACAGAAGUCUUUCUGGUUGUCCAAUUGCUGCAGCUGAAAAAUUGGCAAUGUCCCAAGAUAAAAAUCAGCUUGAUUCUCCCCAAACCGGGCCGUGUCCUGAUCAGGUUCACAGGACGAGCUUAGUGAAGCAAAUUGAAUUUAAUUUCCGAUCACAAGCCAUCACCCCUCCCAGAGCCACGAUGUCAAAAGAACAAGAGAAGUUUGCAAAAGUACCAUUUGAUUAUGCCAGUUUCGAUGCCCAGGUUUUUGGUAAACGCCCCCUCAUACAAACAGGGCAAGGAAGAAAAACACCACCAUUUCCUGAAUCGAAGCAUUUUUCAAAUCCGGUGAAAUUUCCUAAUCGGCUGCCGGGUGCAGGCGCCCACACACCGAGCCCGUGCCGAGCCAGCUCGUACAGCUAUGGUCAGUGCGGUGAAGACACCCACAUAGCAGCAGCUGCUGCUAUCCUGAACCUUUCCACUCGCUGCAGGGAGGCUGCCGAGAUGCUCUCCAACAAACCGCAGAGUCUGCCUGCCAAGGGAGCCGAUAUAGAAGUGGAUGAAAAUGGCACAUUGGACUUAAGCAUGAAAAAAAAUCGAAUCCUGGACAAGACUGCACCCUUAACUUCCUCUAACACUUCUAUUCCAACUCCUUCCUCUUCUCCGUUCAAAACAAGCAGCAUUUUGGUAAAUGCAGCCUUCUACCAGGCUCUCUGUGUUCAAGAGGGAUGGGAUACUCCUAUCAACUUUAGCAAAACCCAUGGGAAGACAGAGGAGGAGAAAGAGAAAGACCCAGUGAACUCUCCAGAAAAUUUAGAGGAAAAAAAGUUCCCUGGAGAGGCCCCCAUCCCAAGUCCUAGACCCAAGCUCCACGCACGAGAUCUCAAAAAAGAACUAAUCACCUGCCCAACCCCAGGGUGUGAUGGAAGUGGCCACAUCACCGGGAACUAUGCCUCUCAUCGCAGUGUUUCUGGAUGUCCUUUAGCAGAUAAGACUCUUAAAUCCCUCAUGGCUGCUAACUCUCAGGAGCUCAAGUGCCCGACCCCAGGCUGCGACGGCUCGGGGCACGUGACUGGAAACUAUGCUUCCCACCGCAGCUUGUCCGGCUGUCCCCGUGCCAGGAAAAGUGGUGUUAAAAUGACCCCUACCAAGGAAGAGAAAGAAGAUCCUGAACUUAAAUGUCCUGUGAUGGGAUGCGACGGCCAAGGUCACAUCUCAGGUAAAUACACAUCCCACCGCACAGCUUCUGGCUGUCCCCUGGCUGCCAAGAGGCAGAAGGAGAACCCCCUCAAUGGGGCACCGCUCUCCUGGAAGCUGAACAAGCAAGAGCUGCCGCACUGCCCCUUGCCAGGCUGCAACGGACUCGGCCAUGUAAAUAACGUUUUUGUCACCCACAGAAGCUUAUCUGGAUGCCCCCUAAAUGCACAAGCCCUCAAAAAGGGGAAGGUCUCUGAGGAACUCAUGACCAUCAAGCUCAAAGCAACUGGAGGUAUAGAGAGUGAUGAAGAAAUUAGGCAUUUGGAUGAAGAAAUAAAGGAACUGAAUGAAUCCAACCUUAAAAUUGAAGCAGAUAUGAUGAAACUUCAGACCCAGAUUACAUCCAUGGAAAGCAAUUUAAAGACGAUAGAAGAGGAGAACAAACUCAUAGAACAGAACAAUGAAAGCCUGUUGAAGGAGCUGGCAGGUCUGAGCCAGGCGCUUAUCUCCAGCCUUGCGGACAUCCAGCUCCCACAGAUGGGGCCUAUCAGUGAGCAGAAUUUUGAAGCGUAUGUAAGUACACUCACGGAUCUGUACAGCAAUCUGGAAAGGGACUAUUCCCCGGAAUGCAAAGCUCUGCUGGAAAGUAUCAAACAGGCAGUGAAGGGUAUCCACGUGUAAGUUCGCGGCGCUGCCGGGCAACAGAAAUCACCAGCAGCAGUCAACUCCAAAUGCAUCCAUUAGGGGUUCGUGUACUGCUACAGGCGUGGAGAUUGCCACGACGCAUUUGUGAUUGCAACAUUGCACUAUUCCCCCCACCCCCCAGCUGACGUAAAAAGGAAAGAAAAACUAUGCUAGACUAUUUGGAUUAAAAGCAAUGCAGUCAAUUCUUAGACCUUAUUUAUUUUCAUAUGGUUUCUUUUAUUUCUUCAUUGCACUCUUUUGGGUUUUUUGGGUUUCGGUUUUUAUUUUUAUUUUCUUGUAAAAUAUAUGUAAAAUAAAUGUGACAUUUUUAGUAUUUUAUUUAUUUCUAAUCAGAGAGUUUUUUUAUCUUUUAACUGCAUUUUGAAGUCUGCCAUAUUUUUACAAAUGUGUUUAUUAAUUUAUUUUCCAAUAGAAUUUAAAUAGAAAUGCUAUUCGCAAAUCACGUAUCUUGCUGAGUUUGAAUGAGGAAACAAAAAUGUGUGAAGGAAAUCCUUGUCUAAGGACUGAACUGUGGUUUAGUUUGGUUUUUAUUGCACACUUUUCCCCCCUUUCGCAGGCUUGGGCAUUUACAGUGAAUUUGCAGUAAAGUGAGAUGCUGAAGGGAUGAGGAGAUAAAUGGCGCCCCCUAGUGGGAAGCGCACACUCACAAAAGCACAGUACACUGGAAAACAGCCUGUUUAGAAUUUGUUAGCAAUAAUUAAAUAUAGCAAUCAGCAAAGUAUUCGACUUGGCUGUACGGUUUUAGUCCACAUGAAUUAUUUACUUGAAAAUGUUUUAAAGAAACAUAAGCUUGUUUAGAGAUGCAGAUUUGUCUGUUUGUUUUUCGAGUCAUAUCACAUAGUUGGCAACUCAUCCCACGACAAGAAAAAAGACUUGAUGUGACCAGCCAGGCUUUCCUACCAUAUGUUGGUACAACGUACGAGUGACAAUAUUGAUGUAGAUUUGUACUUAGCAAAUACAAACACAUCCAAAUGGAAAAUUUUGUAGAUACCAUAUCCCCUGAAAUAGCAUUUAUCUUACUGGGUUGUCAGGAAAGGAGUUGAAAAUACAGUAACUCAUGAAAAAAUAUUACUCUAAUCAGAGUCGUUACUUCAAAUGCUGGCAACAUUGGUUUCAACCUCUUUAGGUAACAAGACAAUGUACAAUUAGAUAAAAAUCUUUCCAUAGAACUCCAAGUGCUACAAAGUACACCCACACACACACACACACACACACUUACACAUUCACGUACACUCAUAUGCACUUAAAAUUGAUCCCGUGAUCUUGGAUUUCCAAAUGGAUCAGAGGUUAGUGGUUGCUAUAGUAAAGGCAAUGUCUAUUUCAGGGAUUGUAAGUAGUUAAGCAUUGUUUCAAAAGUUUUUUUAUAUUUAUUUUUUUUAAGAAAAAGGUAUAGACAACCAGCUAAACUGCCUUUUGGGUAUGCACACACACCUCAUGUGCAGAUGUGCCUCUGUGUAAAUGCACACAUGAACUUAGUGUGGGCUUAAUUUCCUGUGCUAUAACAAAAGUGUUUAUUUUUUAUUAACCUCAUGGGUAUUCAGAUUGAAUGUGAUGGCAUUCACAGGCUUGAUAUAUUCCACUGUUAUUACCUGUGUACCUGCACAAAUUACAAGUAAUACUCGAUGGCAAUUCCACUCUCAUAAACUGUGGUUAUUGUUAUGCAGUAAGUGGGGCUUUAUCUUUGGUUUGGGGUUCGUUUGAACCCUUGAAUCUUAGUCUAGUGAAAAUGAGAUGUCUGUUCUUAGGUAGGAAUGUUUAAUUGUUUAUUUAAAAAUCAAUUUAAAAAGAAAAGAGCUACCAUACGUGCUGUCUAUGAUAAAUGGGACACCAAACAAAAUUUUCUAUUAAAGUUAUGUACUUGCAAGCAUUUCGCUCUACAGUACUUGAUAGAUGCAUACAAAUGAGUUCACUUAUUACAAAGACAAGAGUUUAAUUUGCUAAAUAUCUUAACAAGUUGUUAUAUAUUUUAUUUAAUUUAAAAUAAAUCUUGUACCAACCUAUGUAUUUAUUACUAUAAUUUACUAUGGCUUCAGGUUAAUUUAUUUGUGUUUGGAUUGUUUGAGCAGGAUGUUUUGUGAAGUAUGUUUGUAUUAUUUGCUUCCUUUGUACUUGAUGCAUUUUGUGAUGUGCACUGAAUUUUUUUUCUUUUCGACUAUGUUAACAAUCGACACUGUAAAUUGGGUCUUUUGUAAACAACAAAAAUGACGUAUGCAUUUUUUUAAUUUGAAGUAGUUUGUAUACUGUUUCUUCAAACAAUUAAUAUUUCUUACAUCAAAGCAACAAAAUUGUGUUCAGUGCUGUACCUUUGGUGUAUAGUAGGAAAUAAAAAUUGAUAAUGA